AUGGUAGAAGCUGUAGUUGACAGUAAGAGGGAAGAAUGUGUACAGACAGAGGAAACACCUGAUAUAUCUGAAAAUGACCUAACAGCAGUCAGUAACACUACUGAUCCUACUUAUGUAUACGAUGGAUCCAGUACUAGCGCAAGUGAAGAAGAUUACUUUAAUGCACAUUCAGAAGAAGAUAAUGAUAUUACUGAACAAAAAAUACCAAUAUUACCAGCAAAACGUGAAAGAAGACAACCUGAUAGAUACGGUUACAGUAACUUGUGUGCGGUGGAUGAUCCAGAAAUCUAUGGAGAAAUUACUUAUGAUGAUGCUGUGAAUGGACCAGAAAAUGAAAAAUGGAAGGAAGCAAUGGACGAAGAAUUAAAAGCUUUCGAUGAAAACAAUGCAUGGGAGUUUGUGGAUGCAAAAGAGGCAGAUAGAUUAGUAAAAUCGUGGCUUAAGUAUUGCAGCGUCUUAGAAGAUUAUAGUGGACGGACCGAGGGACGGACGGCGGCUCGCGUGAGGGCGCUUAUCUUGUUACCCGCCUGUCGCUGUCACGCCAUG